UUCCCGAGGCUCGUUGCUUAGGUGGGCAGAGUGCGGGGACGGCAGUCGGUAGCUACCCUUUGGCGGGCCUCGCCUCGUUACCGGCCUCUCAGCUCGUGUGUGUCCCCCCUCAUACACACCCUUCCUCGGGGCGUGACUAGGCCUGGUGGCCUCCCCGGUCCGGCUUCAUGGAGCGCGCCGCCGCGAUGACGGACAUGUACGACCAGGCGUUGUUGGGCAUCUUGCAGCAUGUGGGCAACGUCCAGGAGUUUUUGAACAUCCUCUUCGGCUUCCUCUACCGCAAGACCGACUUCUACCGUCUUCUGCUGCAGCCGGCGGACCGGCUCGGCUUCCCUCCAGGCGUGGCGAAGACCAUGGCCCUCAGGGCAUUCAAAAACUUUGAACAUCUGGCCCGUCAAGAUGAUGACAGAAGACAGCAAGAACUUGAGGAAAAGCUAAAGAAAAGAGAGGAGGACUUUGCAGCUGCUGGAGAAAGGAAGAAGGUGCCUGCUGUAGCUGAGGAAGUUGAGGUCAAAACAGUAGAGCAUGACUCUGCAUUAGAUGGUGCAAAGGCUUCAGAAUCACUGGAGCCCACAACGGCAGAGGAGAAAGUAGAAACACAAGCCAUUAAUGCAGCAGUGGAGCCACCGGGGGCCGUUGCCACACCUCUAGAAACUCAGCCAGCAGAACUGCCCAGGAAACAGGAGCAGUUCCAGGCAAAUCCAGACAGUUACAAUGGAGCGGUGCGAGAGAAUUACACCUGGUCCCAAGACUACAGCGACCUGGAGAUUAAAGUCCCGGUGCCUGCACACAUUCUGAAAGGCAGGCAGGUUUCUGUGAACAUUGGCAGUAGUUCAAUUCACGUGGCAGUGGUGGAGGGAAGUGGACAUCGCGUGCUCAUGGAAGGCACCCUUACCCACAAGAUCAACACUGAGAACUCUGUUUGGAGUCUGGAACCAGGAAAGUGUAUCCUAAUUAACCUGAGCAAAGUAGGUGAAUACUGGUGGAGUGCCGUCUUAGAAGGAGAAGAGCAGAUUGACAUUGGUAAAAUCAAUAAGGAACGUUCAAUGGCUACUGUGGAUGAAGAAGAGCAUGCCGUGCUGGACAGGCUAUCUUUUGACUACCACCAGAAGCUGCAGGGCAAGCCACAGAGCCACGAGAUGAAAGUCCACGAGAUGCUCAAGAAGGGCUGGGAUGCUGAAGGCUCCCCGUUCCGAGGCCAGAAGUUUGAUCCCUCCAUGUUCAACAUCUCUCCCGGGGCCGUGCACUUUUGAUGACGGCAGCGAGGAUGGGGAAAUUGCCUACGUGCCUGGGAUAGAAGGAUGGAACUGAUGCCGCUGCCAGGCCCCUCCUUCUCCUGCUGCUGCCAGUGACAUCAAUGAGCCCUUUUGUCCCUGCAUUGUUAUAUUUGGGCUUGUUUGUAAAAUGCAGACUUUAAAAUGGCCAGAAUGUGGGUUUCGUUUUGGGGAGGGGGGUGGCAGAGAGCGAACUGAGAUGUAAGUGUGGGUGACUCCUUCCCUCGAGCACCAGGUUGGUGUAUUUGAUAUGUAUGUGGGGGAAACCUAGCGAAAGCAGCAUUACGUACUGUGUCGCCACGGCAACCAGAGGCUGCUGGUAGCAUUUCCUUUUCUCUCGUUAAUGGAUUCAUUUGCUGCUGGAUGCGGGGCGGCGGGGAGGUUGCUUAAAGGCAGUUUUCUCCCACCCCCACCCCUUUUUCAGAAAUAGAUGCAGUUUGGCGAAAUGAUGGCAGCUUCUCUCUUGCUUAUUUGAAGCUACCUUCUCUCUCUCUCUCUCUCUCUCUCUCUCUCUCUCUCUCUUUCUCCCCCCUUCCUUCCAGCUUUAGGAAACCCCAUCUCCCUAUGGCAUCGGGCAGUGCAGCCCUCUUUAAACGCUGGCAAUCUGCAAUCGGUGUCAUUUCAGCGGAAUCUAAAUUGUUAAGUUUGGUCUUCGAGGCCCUAGCAGCAGGAGGUAAAUGUUGCUGGGCUUUGACAAAUUAUGAAAAGGAGCCAGAAUAGAAGGUGACACUUGAUAGCUGAAUAUUUGUGGUGGUCUGUGAAGCCCGGGCACAGAUUAGGAAGAAAAACAAAAGUGGAAAACCAGAGGGUCUCCAUCCUGCUUUCUGCGGCUGGGUUACUUGGUGCUCAGAGUGCCGCAUUUUGCUGUUGAUCUCACUUUGUUCUUGGUUUUGCCCAAAUGUCCAUGCCAGUAAGUUUCGGAACUUAGACAUCCUUUCUUACCCUCCCUAUGAUAUAUAAAGUGCUUGACUGCAUUUCAUAUAUAUCUGUCUUAAAAAAACACACACACAAUAGGAGGAGCAAUCAUGACCAUGGAGCAAGGGAUUUAUGCUCACACACACACACACACACAAAUACUGCACUCCUGAAAAAAAUCUUGCCCACCACCACUCCAAAGCUGGUAUUUGCCCCAGAAGGGAAAUUGCCGUUAACACCAGUUGUAGCUUUCCUCCAUAGGGGAUUUUUAUUAUCGUCUCUCCCCCAACUGCUUCCACUUCCUUCUCUGAUUGCUCCCCCCUCUAUGGCUACUAUUAAAUAACAAAAACAAAGCAGAUAUGUGAAAUGCAAUCACAUAUUUCACUUGUGAUCUAGUUUGGCUCUUAAGUCCGACAAACAGCUUAUGGCAGAGACUGAGUUGAUGAAGCCAGCGUGGGGUAAUCUUCUAGCAUGGUGACCCUUUGUUAGAGUCUUCUCCUAUAAAGCAAAGAGUGAGGGUGUUCAACUCUGCCUGGUUACAGAUAGACCAUGUGUGUUUUCCAAGAGGAAAUGAGCUCCGCUCUUGGUUCUUGUCCAGUUCUUCGGAUGAAGUGUCAUGAUGCUCAAAAAAUCAGCAAGUGGUAGCUUUUACCACUUCAACUGUUUGUCUGAAUCUAUCCCUCAGUGUGCCAUUUGGUUUGAAGUGUCUUGCUUUUGAUUACUUUCAUUUCAGCUGACAAUAUGAUACAGAAAGUAGGGAGAAAUAUUUCUGAGGAAGCAAAGAUCAUUGCUCCUGAGAAGGUCCCUCUUCUUGCUUUCGCAAGGCAUGUUAGAUGCUGCCAGGAAAUGUUCACCUAUCCCAGUUGUUCUGGCAGCUACAUAAACUAUGCUUUCGUAUAAAUAAGAAAUUGGAUCACUGGGAAGAUGGCUAUGCCAGAUUUAAUAAUAGGUACAUGUCUGAUUGCCAUUUUUUUAAAAAAAGUAACAAAGGCAACAUUUCAAGAACAGCUUAACCUAGCCUUGCUCAACCUGCGGGAUUAUGGGAGUCAGAGUCCAACAUAUUUGGAGGGCACCAGAUUGAGGAAGACUGGCCUAAUCAUAUAAAAAUGCAAAACACAUUUUAGGUGUGUUCAUAACUGCUGAAUAUGAAGGCUAAAUGUGCAUCUGCAGAAUUUUAUACUGAAGAAGAGAAUUAAUUGUUAUAAUGUAUAUGGUACUGGUGAGGCAUGGUAUACCCUUUAGUGAGGCUCAGUAUACCCUAUAGAACUGCAACCUGGACAACUGGCUGAAGGGGGCAAGAGAGCCCACCAAGUAACCUGGGAUUCAUUUCCAUUGAGGAGGAGGAAGCCUUCCAGUAGGUGUUUGGCACUCUGAGAGCUUAGUUCAAUUAUUCCAUCCCUGCUCCACCAACUGUUAGAUGCCAAAAGUGGAGCACAGGAUUGGCAAAAGCCCCUGGCUUCUGAAUAAGCAAAUCUGGUAAGCAUCACAUCUUCAGACAAAUCAAAAGCAAACUAAUGACCACUACGGGAUUUCAGCUGAAGUCUUUCACUAUAGACAAUUUUAAUUUGGUCAUGACAGACCAAUAAGGAAGGGGCCUGUGCCAGAUUUAUUAAUAAGUACAUGCCUGCCAUUUGAAAGUCUAAGGAGGACAGAAUAUCUGGCACUCUCCUCUUCUGCCCCCCCCCCCCGGUUAUCACCCUCCUCCUCUCCCUCCUCCUCCUGGCAAGGUGUAACACACAGCUGAUAGCCCACUCAGGUUAGAGAAUAGGAUGAACUUGUCAUUUGAGGAGGUGAAAAGCAGUGAACACCCAAGAAAGUCACAUAGGAUCCAAAUUGGCUCAGAUUAUUUCUUCAUUGCCUCAACUGUAUUGAAAAAGUGGUGAAAAUUUAGCUUGCACAAAAGGAAUUCUGUGCAACGGGAAAGCUUACUUGCUUUUCAUCAAAUGUUAGCUUGCGUUAGGCUAACAUUUGCAUCAUUUUAGAUCCCGUUUGAGUAAAAUGCUUGCACGCACAGACUUUGAAUCGGCUGGUGGCUGAAAACAGAAUGCGUUGUGUAUCUGGUUUGCGUUUGUGUCUUUAGCUCAGAUCAGUUUCAUAGAGGAGGGAAGUAGCUCAUCCCUUUGCCACCUACUUGCCUUCCUUUUUGAGAUGUAUGAUUAGCUGCUUUUCGUCUCUUCCCAGGUCACUAGAUUAACAGAACACUGAUGUUGCCUGUGCUUCAUUCAGGGGUGGCUGUGGAGAGGAAGCUGUUCAUGAAGUGAAUUUUGGGAAAUGUCGUAGCACAGGUGUUCCAGCAGCCCAUUCAGAAGAGAGAAAGUGCUGUGGCAUGCAAGUAGAUGCCGUUGCCUGCAAGUAACAACCGUUAUUUGGACAGGGAGCGGCCAUUCCGUUAUGUGCUUUCUUGCACAUUCCAUGCCCCGUGGGCAGCAGCUGCCUUGCCACAAAAGCAGUCACUGAAACGGGCAAAUUUUCAGCUGUGGUGUGAUGGGUGGGGCAGGAAUUCCAGUCACAUGCAUACACACACAGAUUGUGUUAGGGUCCUUUUUGGAAGGCACCCUGUGCUUGCUUCUGAAGAUGGUGGCAUCAGCUGCCAUUAGAAACAGAUGUUGCAUUUGGCUUAGCAGUAGCUGAUCUCAAGUGACCUGAUCCCUCAGGGAAGGACAAGGAAUUUGAUUGGCCCGAGUUGGCAGUAGAAAGGGCAGCUUGGAGAUCAGGCUUUUGUAGUAUUCCUACUUUCUUGGGGGUAUAAAAGUAAGUAGAGAGGGAAGUGCCUGAUACUAUGGCCACUCCCUGCCAAGAUAAUGGUUGCUAUUCACAUUCACCAUCUUGCAUGUUAUAUCAUUUUGUGCCUUCUUGAAUGGGCUGUUGAACGCUUGCAAUUGCAUUGUCCCAAGCAUCACCUUAUGGACGGACCAGCUUUCCCUCUAUAGCCUGAAUAAAGUACAGGCAGCAUAGGUGUGUUUCAUUAUUCUAGUGCAGAGAUAAGCAAAAGGUAGAUCUCCAGAUGUUUGGGAUUUCAACUCCCAGAAGCCCCUUCCAGUAUGGCCAAUGUCCAGGAAUACCGGGAGUUGAAGUCCCUUCCUGCCCACCCGUAUUCUAAUGUUCUGGGAUAGUUUCCAUUAAAAGGAGUCACUUUCCUCAAAAGAAGACAAGUAGGUUGAGCUACUGAUCAGCACUUCUCAUUUUUUAAAUAAGAAUUCGUUAUUUCUAAAGCACCUACAAUCAACCAGGCAAGUGUUUUCAGGUUUUCCUAAAGUACUGUGGGUGGUUCCCAAGCAGUUCACCUGCUGUGAAGAGCUUAGUGAGACUUGGCGUGACAUGAGCCCUUCUUUAGCUCCGUAAUGCGUUUGUUUCUCCUCCCCCAGCCUUAAAUUGUUGAAAGCAACAGUAAAUCUUAGAAGUCUGUUUGUGGGCGUCCAGCUGCAACUGCCUGGGUUUGGGCUCCUGCAGAAAUGGAGAGCGUGCAGCUCCAGUGGACUUUGAGUAGUGCUAUAAAAGGAGCACUAAGACUCCUUUGGCAAAUCUCAAGUAGGAUGAUCCAAAUGGGGGCCUUUCUUUGGGGGGGGGGAUGUGCUCCUGCACAGCUUUUGAAAUUAAGGAGCUUCAAGAGGUCUCCCCAGCCCAAACUUUUGUCCUCUCUUUGGGCUGCUUAGUGGAGGUUACAGUCCAGCGCUGGAUGAAUUGGACCUAGAAGAAAAAUAACCUUUCCCCAGAAUACAAGUUGCAGCAGUACAAGGUGCUAAGUAGGGAUGGCAAAGGAUGUGCGGGGAAACCUCUUUGGCAGUGACUAUUAACUUCAUAUUUGAUUUUUCUCCUACAGGCGUUUGGCCUUUUCACAAGAUUUAUGUACAAAACGUUGACUGUUCUUGUCACACAAAAUACCUCCUCUUAAAACCACAAAACAAAAACGAGGUCUGCUCACUUAAAGCUGGGGACUAAAGUCGGCCCACAAAAGUGGGGACAUGUGGAGAAAUGCAGCUUGCUUCCAACGCCUGAUCUCCAGCUCAGCCUUUGUGCUGAGCCAAUUCAUUAAGCCGUGCAUUUAUGCAAAGCUGCAUCAUAGGCCAGCUUCCUGCGAGUAAAAGACAUUUCCCAGGACGCUUCUUUUCUAGCAGAAAUGCUCCUGCCUAAUGUGCAUUCAGUCUGUAUCUUCUGGUGGCUAUGCUUGCUUUCUAUUCCUGUUGAGUUCAGAAGCUACACCAUUGCCAUUAAGCAGGACAGAGAAAACAGCACACUUUGUGACUUUUCAGGCUGAACCCAGCCCUCCGGUUCUGUAUGGUGGCCGUUAGGGGCUUGAUAAACCUUCAGUUCUGCUAUCUCACUGCAAAAAUGGGUUAGGAAGGGGAUUGAUCAAACAUUCGGUAGGCCUACCAAACAUGACAUGGUGGGCCACAAAUUGUUUUAAGUUUGGACUAAGUUCACUCUUUGUUAAUUUUUUUAAUUUCCCGUCGUAUCUUUCCCCUCCUGCAUGGAAAAUGGCUGAUCUUUCUAGCUGCUGAUUUCAGCACUCUGUUUCAUUUUGGUUGUCUACAUCUGCAAACUACAGUUUGCAUAUGAAGCAGGGCAGUGUUGGUGUUGUCUGAGCUGUCCUAAGGGACUCUAGGCCUGGCCGUUCUGUUUGUGGCACAUUUUCUCUCUACCUGCUUGCAAUAAUAAACACAUUUUAUCUAAACAGGUA